AUGACCACUAGCGAAUCUUAUGCCCGAAUCAAUUCACUUCAUGUUCAAGACGUAUUCAUUAGCUCCGAGGAGAACGAACUCAAGGCGGACGUUGAUAUUGUCAACGAUAGUGAUGUGGCUUGCUCGGCACAAGUAGUAUUUCGAGGGUAUGUCCGUCGUGGAAAGACCCUGCUCUAUGAAUUUCUCCACGAACAAGUCUGGAUUCUUAUACGACCAUCAGAAUCGAGAACCCACCAGGUCGCCGUGGAGGUCUGGCUACCACGCUUCCCACCAUCAAUCAAGCUCAACAAUGACGUUCAAGUGGAGUAUUCCGUUAAAGCUACUGUAGAUCCAUGGUUUGAAAACCAUCACGUAGAGAAGAUAUUCACUGUUGUCCGAAGGCUGAUUUUGAAAAUGCCACAUCUCAGCUGUUAUCAGAAAAGAAUUAUUGUCAACAAAUGUGUAAAUCAUGGAGGAUGGUACCAUAAGUGA